AUGGAUCCUGAUAUACUGGUCCUGGCUGUGCAAGGUCUCAGAGCCGGAGAGCUGGAUCUUGACAGUCUCGAUCUCGGUCAGGAGACUCUGGUUGCUCUACAACACAUUCAGGCUGAGACCGAGUCUUCAUCGGAUCCCCAAGCGCUGCUAGCGGCUCUCGCAAAAGCUGCUCACCAAGUCGCUCACGGCAAGCCCCGCAAGCGUCUUCGUGCAGGUAACAAGGACUCUGGAGAUGAGCGUGGGUACGGCUCCGACUCGCCGCUGGAGGACAAGUCGCCUGCUCCGACCGAUAAGGCCAGUUCAGCUAUGUCAGCUGCUGGUCUGGGUGAUGAGGUUUCCUCCGACUCUUCGAUCCAGAGGUCUGUCCGCCGAGGGCUUCACAAGCCAAAGUCCUGGAAGAAGCAGAAGAAGCGUCGGAGGACACAUUCUGAAACUUCCUCGCCGGCCGCUUCGCGUACAAGUCGAAGUCCAAUCCUACCGACGCCUCGUGCACAUCUACGCACUCCUCCGUCGGCGUCUGCCAAGUCUCCAAGGGGUCGUCAGCGGAGUCGUUCUCUGUCUGUGCCCGCACGUCCGCCCUCUGGCUCGAAGAUGCAGCGUAAUGUGGAGAUGAGCGACGAUCAAGCCGGAGGUCAAGCGAGUGUUCCUGCUGUGACUACAAGCUCCGCUGAUGAUCGCGCCGUUUCUCCGCCUCCUGACGAUGCGUCCAAGGCUUCACCAGUCGUCACCGAGUCUCCUGCGCGUGAUGAAGAGUCGCCAGGUCGCGCUUCGCCUUCCCCUCCUGCUCCUGCGACUGUCGAGACUGAAGCCGAGGACCCGGAUGCCCUCGAAGCCGCUGAGCUUCGCCUGAUGUUCGGCUCGGAUGACGAAGAUGAAGCACCCGGUCAGCCAGCUUCAAGUGCGCCUGCUAAGUCGACGCCAUCGCCCCCGGCUCAAGACGAAACUUCUGGACCAUGCCUUCUCAAGCUGCUGAAGAUGUUCUGA